CAUCUGUGGGAGUUCAUUCGUGACCUUCUUAAAGACCCUAACUACUCCGGUCGCAUUAUCAAGUGGGAAGACAAAUCAAGUGGCAUUUUCCGAAUCGUCAAAUCUUCGGAAGUGGCUGAUCUAUGGGGACAGAAGAAGAAAAAUAAACGAAUAAUGACUUAUGAAAAGAUGAGCAGGUCAUUAAGGUAUGGUUAUUUUGGUGCUGUUCCGAAAGAGAAGCGAUACCCCAAAAAGCUUUGUUUUAAAUUCGGACCAAAGUCAACAGGAUGGCAGUAA